CCAGGGAGGAUGAUAAUACUGGUGUUGCUGCUAUGCCUGGCAGGUGCCUGUUGGCUGUACUGGGCGAAGCAAGCGCGGCGUAUGGACGAAAUGACGGCGUCAUUGCCCUCACCUCCAGGACUGCCGAUCAUUGGCAAUGCAACGAUGUUCAUAGGAGACGCUGAAAAGAUGCUCAAGAACCUUGAAAAACUUGCUGAUUUGGCAUAUCAACACAAAGGCUGUAUCAAAUUGUGGCUUGGUCCAAAGUUAUAUGUUGCCAUCGGAACUCCAGAGGAUGCACAAGUGGUCCUCGAAAAUUGCCUUGAUAAAGAUGUAGUGUACCGAUUUCUACGGCCGUGGUUGGGUCAUGGCUUAUUUAUAGCACCAGUUGGACUUUGGAAAGCCCACAGAAAAGUCCUUUUACCGGUGUUCUACAAUAAAGUCGUAGAGGAAUACUUAGGGGUCAUUGGGGUGCAGGCAAAUGUACUGAUUGAAAGACUCUCGGAGCAGACGGAUCAAAAGGAAUUUGAUGUACUCAAGUACAUAACCGCGUGUACUUUGGACAUAGUGUUUGAAACGGCAAUGGGUGAGCGUAUGGACGUCCAGCACUCUCCGGAAACGCCAUACUUGCGAGCACGUCACACCGUCAUGACCAUCUUGAACAUGCGCUUGUUCAAAGUGUGGCUGCAACCAGACUGUCUGUUUAAUCUCACUCCGUACGCCAAGGAGCAGAAAGAUAACAUAGAUUUGACUCACAGGUUCACCGAUGAGGUGGUCAAAAAGAAACGCAUAGAAUACGAAAGAAAGAAAAAUGAAGUUAACUUUGACGAAUCAACCGGUAAGCUUCGCGCAGUUCUCGAUUUAUUGUUCGGUCGCGAGAUUGAAUUCACCGACGAACAACUUCGGGAGCAUAUCGACUCCAUCACUAUAGCUGGUAACGACACCACGGCGCUGGUCAUCGCUUAUACGUUGGUACUUCUGGGAGUGCAUCAGGACGUUCAGGAGAAAGUCUACCUAGAACAGGAAGCCGUUUUUGGGGAUUCAAAACGUGGUGCUACCAAAACAGAUUUGCAGAAGAUGAACUACUUGGAGAGGGUUAUCAAAGAGAGUAUGCGACUAUACACUGUGGUGCCAAUCAUCGCACGUAAUAUCGACAAAGAUACUUAUUUACCUGGAUGCGGGGUAACCAUACCAGCGGGCGCAGGCGCAGUAGUCGGUGCUUUUGCCAUACAUCGAUCGAAAAUGGUGUGGGGACCCAACGCGAAAGACUUCGACCCUGAUAGAUUCCUCCCUGAGCGUUCUGACAAACGGCACCCGGCUGCUUUUAUACCCUUUAGCUACGGCUCCAGAAACUGUAUUGGUCGUAACUUCGGAAUGCUGAUAAUGAAGAGUAUCGUCUCGUCGGUAAUAAGAAGUUACAAGAUAUAUGCACACGACAUAGGCGGACUCAAAAUAGAAAUGCUGUUAUUCCCAAUAAAUGGGCAUUUGAUAAAGAUUCACAAAAGAUGAUUUUAUGAAUAUUAGAACAUUAAAGAAUAGCAUAAGGAAUAAUUAACAUUUUUACAAGAAAUAAAUCGGGAAGAGGUUUGUUUAUAGGUCAUAAAAAUUUAAACAGCUGAGAAAAUUAAGAUUUUUAGCAAAACAAAAUGAAAAACGCUCUUUCAUUUAAAUAUCCUGCCUUUAUUAUUACUACUUUGUUGAAUACAGUUUAUUUUAUAUCGCAAAAAAAUAAUUAAUUAUAUAUUAUUUGCAGAGCCUUCUUAUUGAUUUAACAGAUAUGUGUGAUAGUUUUAGAAUACUCCUAUAUCUAUCAUAUUAUUCAAAACAGAAACUUCUUACAGUUAACAAAUGUAAACCUUUUCAUGGCAUAGUUUACUAGCUCACGAAGUUUAAAAAAAAGCUCUUGAAGUUUGUAGUCCCACAUUCAUCCAAUUCGGAAUCGAUCGAAUUAUAAGCACGUUUAUAUUAGCAAUUAUUAUAUUUUAUAGCAACUCGUAUACUCGCUUUGGGAAAGCACGAUUUAGAGAAAUGGUACUGUGAGCAAAGAUCACAGUUGGCCACCGGAACAACUCAAUAAUAAGAACAUUUAAUAACAGCAUUUUACCUGAAAUAAAAAGCAUAUUGAAAUACUUACCCCACUGGAAGUUUUAUAUUGAGAUACCACUUCCGUUUCCCGCCGAAUUGCCAUCAGUUUCCGUAGUUUUAUUCACCUUGUACCCUGUCCAGUAGCGACACCUGGCAGAAGCGCGGGCAUUUCUGUUUUCUUAAGUUUUGACAGCGCCAUUAUAGCUCAUUGGCUCAAUUAAUUAACCAGGCAGAAUUAAAAGUGGAAGCUUUCAAUGAGGAUAGGGGUACUGUACCCCUAGCACGAACCAUUAUCGAAUUCGAAUAGUUUACGAGAGCGAAAUAUCAAUUUCAAAUUUUGUAUGGAAACUUGAACAGCAGCGCCACAACGGACGUAACGAGAACUGAAAACCGAUAUACAUUUGAUAUUCGAUUUGUGAGCCACCAGCCGCGUAAUAUCGCACCUCGCGCCGCGUAAAACUCGCUGUUAAGGGCACCUCUGCAGCCUCAACCGUCACCAAUACCGAGGUGCUUUGUUUUUUCAUAUUUUAAAAUUUGGCCCCAUUUAGCGAAAAUCAUUGAAAAUGUUUUUUCGUUCACUCCAGUAAGCCAUGAGACGUAUGAGAGCUCAAAAGACGCGGAAUUUGAAGAACUUUAAGAAGAUGUAAAAAAUAUUUUGGAAAAGUAUAAAACUUUUUUGGAAAUAAAGAAAAAUUUCGAUGAUAUCUCGAGAACGGGGGCGAAUUUCAAUACUAAGAAAAAAGAGCACAAGGUAUUGAACCAAGGAAUACUUUAGGUCAUUUCAGUUUUUUCGAUAUUGGUGACAGUUGAGGCUGAAGAGGUGCCAUUAGCUGCGAGUUUUGCGCGGCGCGAGGUGCUAUAUCUCGCAGCUGCCGGUUCACUUGCAACCACGAGGGCGUAUGAGAGCUCAAAAGACGCGGAAUUCAAAAGACUUUAAAAUGAUGAUUUUUUCAUUUAUUUGGAAAAGUUGGUUUUUAUUUUUUAUAUUUUUAAAUAAUCUUUAAAAGGUAGAUUCAUUUUCAAUGCCCUUUCAAGUCGUGUAGAGUACGAGAUCUGUAAGUUUCUUGAAGUGAAACUUCUUUACGCACGCUUGACUCGGGGAGAAAGCUGGCGAACUCGGAAGAACUCGAAGCUACAAAAAGUAUGAUCGGGCGAGGCGAACGGGAGUUGAGUGGGGGAUAUA